CAAACACCAACAAGAAAACCAAACAACAAAAAUAUAAACUUAAAAAAGUAAAAGAUAAAAAAUAAAGAGAGGAGGAGAGGGGUAUGCAGAUCAAGCAACCUCUCUUCUUUUUCAUCUCUCUCUUUCCCAUCAAAUCAUCAUUUCACUAGCCAUUGUAUACCGUACAGAAGAAUCAGAACCCCUUUUCUUCACAAUCCAAUAAUCCUGUAUUAAUUCUCUGCAAUUUUUCCUCAUUGUUUUCAUGAAAGGCAGCUUAGAUUCUUGAAGUAAACGGAAGAUAUAUAUAUAAUGAGUAGAUUUUGGGCAUCACUUUCGACUCCUCCUGAGUCGCCUUCCUCGGGGUCGUCUCCGUCUCCGGAACAAUCUUACGAUGAUUCGGCUUUAGAAGGCGUGGCGGCGAAUGUAAAGCUAUUGUUGAAGCUAAUCCAGGAUCACAAAGAUGCGUGCAAGAAGGAGAAGAAGGAUGGGCGGAGGAUGCUGAGGGUGGCGACGAUGAUGACCAUUCUGGACAACGUGAGGACGCGGAUUCAGAAGUGCCAAUCGUUCGGGAACAAGAAUCGCGACGUCGUCCUCGCGGAGGUGCCGUCGCGGCGGAGCUACACGGAUCUCAGGUCCGGGAUGAGGCGUUACCACCAGGAGCAGCAGCAGGCGGCGGCGGGGAGCGGCGAUGAAGAGAAUGCGAGGCUGAGGAAGGAGCUGAGCGCUAGCCUGGCGGCGCGGAAGAGCAUGGAGGUCAUGUGCUCUAGCCUGGGGAAAGAGAAGGAGAUCAUGGCGGCGGAGCUGUCGCGAAAAGCCCACGAAUUGAAUGGAAUGGAGGAGCUCAUCAAUGAUCUAAAAGCCCAAAACAGGACAUUGAUGGAGAAGGCACAAGAAUGUGCGUCAGAGCACAAAGAUCAGGAUAAAUCGAGCAGCAGCAGCAACAAAGGAUCACCAUCAGAAGAGAAUGUGCAUAGACAAACGGCAUUACAGGAGCGAAACAAGACGCUUUCGGAGCGAGUGCAGAUAGCCCUGGAUGGGUACAGAUCCAUGAAGAGGAGACUAAAGGAAGUGCAAGAGGAGAAUGCAGCGAUGCGGGCAACGAUGGAGGAGAUGGGGGCAAAAGCGUCGGCCGGCCUAGAGCGAAUCCGUGGCUUCAAGGAAAAAUUCUCCGUGGAAGAAGAAAAAGACUCAUCGUCCGUCUACAUCCGGGGGGAAAUAGCGGAGUUGGAGCACAUGUUCGAGUGCUUCGAAAUGCAGAUCUCCAAACAUGGCGGCGGACAGGUCAAAGGGGAAUGCGUUAAACCCAACGGAGAGAUCAUCAAUCCUCGCAAGCCUUCAGUUCUAGCAUGAUUCGAUUUGAUUCGAUUCUAGCUAGGAAAUGCAUGUGGAUCAAUUGCAUUUUGAUUUCAAAGCACCCAAGAACAAUACAAUUUUUAUGUUGGGGUUGGUGUUGGUGUUGGUGUUGUUGGUGUGUAAUAAAGUGGUGUGAAUGUAUAUAUGAAAUUGGAGGAUCGGAGGUGUAUGUAUGAUUAGUGACAUUUUAUCCGAGUUCGGACACGAAAAUUAGGGUGUAAUCAUAUUAUGAUUAGUCACACUGUGUUGUUGAAUGUUUUCAGCUUUACUUGAACAGUGAUUUGUUUUAAAAUUUGUAAUA